AUGGUGGGUUACGUUCGGUCCACGGGGGAGGUGGGGCAGGCGCGGUCGCGAGUCGUGGCCCGGCCAGGGUCGCCGCGCGCCGACACGGGCGGUGUUGCGCGCCUCCGCUCUGUCGCUGGCAAGGAGGGCUCCCCUGACGGCACCGCAUCCACCACCGAAGAGGGUGGCGGGAUGGGUAGAGCGAGGAGCCUAACAAACGAUGACCUGGAGGAGCUCAAGGGGUACAUGGAUCUAGGGUUCGGCUUCAGCUACCACGAGAUCCCCGAGCUCUGUAGCACGCUCCCCACACUCAAGCUAUGCUACUCUAUGAGCCAGCGGUUCCUGGACGAGCACCAGCAGCUAAGCAAGACUGAGGAGACUUUGGCGGUGCCGGCCUCGCCGUCACAGCCCAUUGCCACCAAUGGGAAGAUCUCCAGCCCUAGGGACAGCCCGGAUGAGGUUAAGGUGAGGCUCAAGUACUGGGCACAGGCGGUAGCGUGCACCGUGAAGCUCUGCCGCUAA